UCACUGUGAAUCCGCAUCCAACAAACCCUGCUUCCCGUUCACCCCGCGUGCGCGCUCCUGCGAGGGCGACCGCUACAGCCGCCGCCGCCUCCGCCACCAACGCCACCGCCGCCGCCGCCGCUCUACGCCAGGUGCCUAGGCCUUCGUUGAGCACUUCGCCGGCGACAAGCACCCACCAGAUGGCUGGGUAUAUGUCAAGAGGGCCCCCAAAUGGUUGUGUGUAUGUCUGCAAUCUACCUCCUGGAACUGAUGAGGAUAUGUUGGCUGAAUAUUUUGGCACCAUAGGGUUGCUAAAGAAGGACAAAAGGACUGGGCGCCCCAAAAUUUGGAUAUAUAGGGACAAAGUUACCAAUGAACCAAAGGGUGAUGCAACAGUCACCUAUGAGGAUCCACAUGCUGCUUCAGCUGCUGUGGAAUGGUUCAAUAACAAGGAUUUCCAUGGGAGCACUAUUCAGGUUCACAUAGCCGAGUCAAAAAGCAAAGAAGCAUUUGAUAACCCCACAAGUUUGAACAUCAUUGCUGGUGUCGGUGAACAAGAUGAACUGGAUAACGGAGCAGGCAGAGGUAGAGGACGUGGUGAUGGUCCAGGCAAGGCCUGGCAGCAAGAUGGGGAUUGGAUGUGUCCAAAUACAAGUUGUGGCAAUGUAAAUUUUGCCUUCCGUGGUGUUUGUAAUCGCUGUGGAGCUGCACGCCCUGCUGGUGCUGGUGGUGGUGGAGGCGGCGGUGGUGGUAGGGGUAGAGGCCGUGGUAGCUCAGAUGCAAGAGGAAGCAGCCGUGCUGGUGCUGCUGCUGCUGUUGGUGGUCCACCUGGAUUGUUUGGCCCAAAUGAUUGGCCGUGUCCAAUGUGUGGCAACAUCAACUGGGCUAAGCGGACCAAAUGUAAUAUAUGUAACACCUCCAAGCCUGGUACCAAUGAAGGUGGUGUGAGGGGUGGCCGUGGUGGUGGGUACAAAGAGCUUGAUGAAGAAGAACUAGAGGAAGUUAAAAAACGUCGGAAGGAGGCUGAGGAGGAUGAUGGAGAGAUCUAUGAUGAAUUUGGCAACCUGAAAAAGAAAUUUCGCUCUAAAGCUCUGCAUACUGAAAGUGCACAGGCACUUCCUGGGUCUGGACGUGCUGGAUGGGAAGUUGAGCAUCGAGGUUCUAGUGAAAGGGAAGGCAGGGAGAGGAGCAGGGAUCGUCGUAGGGAUGACUAUGAUGAAAAGGAAACCAGGAACAGAGAUAGAGGUGAUCAUGGAAGGGACCAACGCCGGAGCAGGAGCCGGAGCAGAGACCGUGAAAGGGAAAGGGGGAGGGAGAGGAGAAGAGACCAUGAGUAUGAGAGAAGUCAGGAGCGUGACCGGGACCGCCGCCACAGGUGAAGAGAGAAAUGACAAGUAUGAGAGAAGUCGGGAGCGUGACCGGGACCGCAGCCACAGGUGAAGAGAGAGAUGACAGGGCCUUCUGUUCUUCUUACAUUGUACUCCGUAUUUGCCAAUUUUUGUAGCCAUGGGACCCGUGGUCUUGUGUUAGUAACUGGGAGCGUGAAUUGUUGCUCUGAAUCUGAUUUUUGAUUUGAAUGAUUCGCUGCACUGGCAUUUUCCAGAUAUUCCGUUUCUUAUGUGAUUAUAUUUGUGGAACA